UACAACAUCACCCCGCGCCUUUGUUGUGAGACGGUAGCAAGGCGACUGUUUAUCCUUCGAGCUAGCUAACCUUAUCAGUUUUACAGGAGGGUAACUAAAUAAAAACAGCUAGAAAUAAUGAUUACUAUGACAUUUUGACGUCACCGAAUUAUCCCGAAGUGGGAUCCGUAGAAAAAUAAAGUUUAAGAAGCGAGUGGAUUUCAAAGAGGUUUGACAGAUCGAGGAGAGUACACAUGUCGUCUGCAGCAGAGACAGUGGAAAAUGCCUCCAUCAUGUCAGAGAGUGUGGCCCAUGACGGAAACCGCUUGUGGAUAGGCAACAUCGAUCCCAAAAUUACAGAGUAUCACCUGGUGAAGUUGUUGGAGAAAUUCGGCAAUGUGAAACAGUUUGACUUCCUGUUUCAUAAGUCUGGGCCUUUGGAGGGACAGCCACGGGGCUACUGCUUUGUCAACUUCAACACGAGAGAGGAGGCAGAGAGGGCAAUCCAGUGUUUAAAUGGGAAGCUAGCUUUGUCCAAGAAGCUGGUCGUGCGCUGGGCGCACGCACAGGUGAGGAGGUUUGAAGGUUUCCGUAAUGACAAGACGAUGCCUCCGAGCCUGGAACCAUCAUGCAGCGGGGCGGCAGAGGAUGGACCCGUAACUGGCAACCACCUCAGUACGAGUGCUAAGAUCCGUGCCAUCGAGGCCAAGCUUCAGAUGAUGGAGGAGAAUCCAGAUGAUGACUACUCGGGCCCGUCGGCCUACGUUUACAAUAAACCGCCAGAGAGGAAACGCUGGGAGCCCUACUCUAAAUCACACCACAAUAACCAGAGCAGGCCCUUCCGCAAGUUUAGGAGAUGACCCAUCCUCCCACUCAUUCUGGAGAUCCCCCCCUCCUCUACCCUACUCACCUCAGUCCCCACCUACACACAAACAGACUCUACACUAGAUACUAUAAAGACGAUACACAUCCUAUCUGGGAAUAAAAGGAUCUGAGAAUACUUUGAGAACCCGGACUCUUUGGGAGUAAUCACAGCAAUCACGGACAAGUACCGAAAGUGGUUUUAGUUAUUUUGGGUUUACAGUUAUCAGUUAUUAUUUAGUCUUAACAUAUGCCCCACACCUGACUGCUGUGCAGGUUGGAUCCCUUAUCAGUCUGCUUUCUCACUUUUGCAGAGAUUUAACGCAGGUGAAUCAUACAGCUGAGAGCCACAUGAUGCACAGCUGCCAGGAAAGAGAAAUGUUAUUAUUAAAGAGUCUAAAUGCUGAUCCUCUUAUUGUCUUUCACAUCAUAUUAUUUAAAGGUGAAAUACUUUUUUGUCUUUAUUCAAUGCUUCAGUGAAGGGGAAGAAAUACACAGAUUUGUAACAGGUUUGUAUCAUUAAUAAUAAUGGAGUUCAAAUAAGCCACUCAGCGACACUUACUGUAAGUUUCAGUAUUUUUGUGUGACGUUGCUCUUUUCCUAAUAGUUUGCUUUUUUUUUUUUUCUUGGAUCCAAUUUUUAUACAACCGCAGUCUUUUCACUGACUUUUUGUGUUGUGUAGUGUUUUGGUAUUUCCCUUACCACAGUCUCUUUAUUUCAAUUUUCCAAUUAAAGGCUAUUAAAUAUCACAUCUGCAGCGUGCUGUUUUAUGACAUUUUCUAGAUUUUUUUUUUUUACAUUGCUCAUAAAACUCAAGAUUCAUUUUUAUGAUUUGUCAGUCAGCAACAUUUGAAUUCUCAGUCUACAUGUAUUUGCAGGUACAAUGUAUUUUGUAAGAAAUUUGGUAGGCCAUCUGCAUUUCAUUAAUGGGAGACUUUAAAAGACUGCUAAAUAAAUCCAUUAAUCCACCAUUAAAAAAUUACCUGAAUUAUUAUUAUUAUUAUUUUCUUUUAAAAGGGUGAUUUUUCUCUAAUAAUUGAUAAUCCUGUUUAUUGUAGCAUCCAUUAUGUUUGCCUCAGUUUUAUUUUUUUCCCCACUAAACAUGAUGGAUAUAGACUUUUAUUAUUUGUUGUGCAGUCUACCAAAAGUCAAUAUUUUGUAGACCCUGUCGCAUUAAUGUGCAACCCCUCUAUUUUAAACUGUAACGUUUGUUAUUGGUUUGUGUGUUCAUGCUUUUGAUGUUAUCUGAGUUGUGUUUCCCUGCAGGUGUGACAUGCAGUGUGAGGCUAGAACCUCGAUGCAUAAAAGACAUGACAGGAUAUGUUGGCGAAAUUACAGUCUGAGUGUGUUUACGUUAAGAAUGAAUUUGCCAACCAAAGGUCCUUUGCCAAACAAAUGUUUUUAAGAGGUAACCAAUGAACUGAAGUCAUUUUCUAACAUGGCAGCAUAGAUGCAGAUCGGCAGACUUCUUAUAGAUGAUGAGAUGAGAGAGCAGAAUUUCGUGUGCAACGAACAAAUCAAAUCCUACCUCUUGACAUCAGUCAGCCCUUUUCAAAUUAUUUUUUGUUACUGUUGUAAAAUCACCCGACUGCAGAAUAGUUCUGAUGUCCAUUAGAUCCAAUUAAUGUUUUCUUUGCAAUGUGUGUAUUUAUCUGAUUUCAAUAAAAGGCCUCUUCGUUAAAGUA